UGAUGUUUUAGUCGUCCGGCAGCGCUGGUCUGGGUUCAGUUCUGCCCCCCUGUGGGUAAACUAACCACCGCAUGGGAGUUUGUAUCCUGCCACCAAGGUUAGUCAUUAACCUUGUCUUCUCAGUCACUCAGGGCAGCAAAGAAGGCGGACAGCGCUGUGUCCGAGGCAUGCUGCCGCUCGGCCGUCCCGUCUUACCAUGGGCGACUGCAACCACUGCACACACGAGCGGGCCUUGUCCGCGGAGGACGACAUUACUGUAGUGUUUCACAAAGUUGACAGUGACAGCCAUGGCACGAACAGCGGCGGCGACGACGACGACCGGGCAGCGGAGAGGAUCCACCUGAGGAGCAACUGCCGCGUGCCGUGCGGUUACGACGAUGAUGCUCCGGAGACGGAGGAAGAAAGAGGAAGCGACAAUUCACCGGAAGAUAGCGGGACGGAAAGACUGUGCCCGCGGGCGUUUUGCGUCAGAGGCGAGCCCGCGACCCGGGAAGAAAGCGCCCGUGAAGACCCAGAGAAACCAAAGAGAUGUCCCGGUCUUGGUUUGUUCUAUGCUUUCCUUGCCACUGCUUUGUUCGCCAUCAUUUCCCUCUUGGUGAAAACCAUCGAGGGAGUCCAUUCCAUAGAGAUCAGCGCCAUACGCUGCUUCUUCCAGAUGCUCUUCACUGUGCCCUUGCUCAUCUACCACAAGACAGGCUUCCUGGGUCCCAGAAAUAAACGAGUAUAUCUGGUGCUUCGGGGUUUCUUUGGCUCCAACUCCAUGAUCCUGCUCUUCUAUGCUCUUCAACAGAUGCAACUGGCAGACGCAACUGUCAUCAUGUUCAGUAAUCCGGUCUUUACCUCCCUCCUGGCCUGGAUCUUCCUGAAGGAAAGGUGUACGAUCUGGGACUGUGUCUUCACUGUUUUUACCCUCACUGGAGUCAUCCUCAUUGCCCGACCGCCAUUCAUCUUCGGCAAGAGUGUACAUGGCAUUGAGGGAGACUACACCAACCACAUCAAGGGGACUAUCGCGGCCUUUGCAGGAGCAAUUGGGGCUGCUCUUACAUAUGUUGUCCUUCGCAAGAUUGGGAAGAGCGUCCAUUACUACCUCACCGUGUGGUACUACGCUGUCAUCGGUUUCAUCGAGUGCAUCAUCACUGUAUCCGUCCUUGGGGAAUGGAAGCUCCCGUUCUGUGGCCGUGAUCGCUGGAUUUUGAUGUUGAUCGCUAUCCUGGGCAUUGGGGGCCAGAUCUUCCUCACGAAGGCCCUGCAGAUCGAGAAGGCCGGACCCGUGGCCCUGAUGAGGACUCUCGAUGUGUUGCUGGCGUUCAUCUUCCAGUUCAUUUUCUUUAACCGUGCACCGACCUGGUGGAGCCUCGGAGGGGCGCUGUGCGUCGUGGCGAGCACCAGUGGAGUGGCACUUAGAAAAUGGCACAGCAACUGUCGCAAGAGCUGAGACGGAGACACAAAAUAGGAUUCUUUGGUAUCACUAUGAAUUAUUUUUCACUAUCAUAUGUUCUUGAUUUAUUCUGUAUUUUACUUGUUAUUUCCAUGCAAACGUGUGAGGAGGCUUCAACUCCUUUGGGAGCAGUAAUAUAUGAUAAUCUAGAAAGGGUCAGUCAUGAGCUUAUGAUAGUUUUCAAUUCCAAACUGAAUACUGUACAUCUGUACACGUUGAUUCUUGAGAGUCAACCUGUGUAGUUCCUUUGUUAUGCAUUUAUUUUUGUGGGAAUGAACACAAACAAAAGGGGAAGGAGAAACUGUUGCUGCCCCAACACCAUACCCUGCUCCCUGGGGCUUGUGUGGAGAACUAACUGCCCAUUCAACAGAGAUUUCCUAUUUUCUCCUUACUAAAAAGUUCACAACAAUGAAUAGCAGUUUAAUGAAGGAUGUCUUCAGUCCCAUUUUCCUUUCGCUUUAACCUGAAGGACAUAGCUAAAGCGAGAGGUUUACUGCAUUGGGACCAACAAAAAAUGCUUCUUAUAAGGACAAAUAUUUAAAGGAAAUAUAAAAGCUGACAAUAAAAUCCAAAAAAUGGUUACAAGUUUUUACUUGAAAACAGACUCAUGCUGUAGGAUUCUCUCAGGGAUCUCUUGCCUAGCUGCUUAUAAUCUGACGUGUCUAUCCAUGAAGAAUUUAUUCCUUUGUGAUAUAUUGAUUUUUGAUUUGAUUUUUCCUCUCUCACCCAUCUAAGUUACCCAAAUAUAUUUAAAAGAUAAUACGGUAAUAUCUUUGAAGUGCCUUAAAUAGGGAACUUUAACCUCCAGCUUCCCUAAGAGGAGCUACUCAGUAACUAGCAGCUCGUACAGGGCAGUUGUCAGGUGUCAUUUUGUACAUACAUAUGAAAAUGAAUGAGGGUGCUUCUGAAAAAAUAAUCUCUUUUAAAUGCUUGUAAGACAAAAUCAAAGAUGAAGUCUCACAGCAUUAUUAACGAGCCGUUAAAGUCGUGAGCCACGCUGAUUUCUUCAUCAUCUCAGGAGGAGUCAUCUCGCUCGCGUUGGCUAGCACUUAUUGUCAUCUUAGAACUGAAGCAUCUAAUUAGUGUUUACAGCAGUCUAAAAGCUUAUUUUUUCUGAUGUUCAAAGAGGGGUGUUGUUUGCACUUUAUCUUCGCUAGAGGGUAGAAAAGGUGUCAGCGUCCUGCCACUUUAAUUCAACUUAAUGGUGAUCACACAAGGACAAGGAUCGCUAUAUAUGAACUUCCUCUGUUUUUGUGAUCGCCUCGGUGACUUGAAACAGCCAUUUGUGAUUCUUGUGCCAAGUUGAGGACGUCUGUAGUCCCCUCAUGAUCACCCAGAAGUGGGUUCAUUGUACCUGGCUGAGUCCAGGUUUGUCCUAAAACACAAGUUUCAGGUUGGAUGGAUGAGUUAAACAAAAAACACAGAGACUUAAUAGUCUUAAAAUAUACUGCGUUGAAAUAUUUCUAAGGAAAAGAUCUUGUGCUAAAAGCAAAUGUGUUUUGCCCUUUGGCACUAAAACAUUGCCUUGAAUCAAAGGUGAUCUUUAUGUUGUUCAUGGGAAAAGCCCCAAAAUAUUCCCUUAUUUCAAGGGGUGUGUCUGGUAUAAAACAUUAUGUAUUUUUAGCAUUUAGCAAGGCCUUUCCCACUGUCAUGAUGCUUCCUGUCAUGUUUGAUUGGGUGCUAGAAAAGGAAGGCAAUUAGUGCUGUUUGAUUUCCUCAAGAUUUCACACACCUCUGUGUGUUUCUGCUGUGUCAGCACGGCAGCGUCAUCACACUGGCCUCCAAUUAUAGCUCUUCCUUUGGUAAAGUAAACUCUAUUUCACUAGUGAGCAAACUCUUGAGUUUGCACCUUCUGAUUAUCAUUAUUAUUUUUAAAAUGGUCUAACGUCACAUUUUCUUUGACGUUGACGUACGUUUGUUUCUUUAGUUCUCUUCUUUACGAAGGCAAACAGUGUGGUAUGUUUAAGCUUAAAUGAAGCAGUGCUCACUCUUCCAUGUUGGAUGAAGCUCUCUGCUACAAACAUUUGAUGUUUAUGUCCAUGAUUUGCUGUGGUUUGAAAUUCAUCUCAACAUUAUGCAACAAGCGGUUAAGUUAGCCUGAUUAGAAUUGCACUCAUGAUAUUUCCAACUAUUAAUUAAAGCUGUAUCAGUGCAUGACAUUCUGAUCGUACCCUGCGGUUUUCAAGAGCAGAGUAUAGCUAAAUUAUUAAUUUGGGUUCGUUGUUUAACAAGCCCUGGGAUACAAGUGACGAACAGUUCCAUCAGUCAUACUUUUGUGUGGAGGAAUUCAUUUCAAGGCACUGUGACGGUUUUGAAAUCAUUGUUCCCGGUACAGUCGGAUGUCAUCAUCACUUGAGAUGUUCUGAGCUUAAUUUCAUGUUCUUGUUUGGUUGCUUUGACACUGAUUUUUACAUUUCAGAAUAUUAGUUUAGGGGGACUUGAAUGCUGGUGGUGUAAGCACAACGUGUUGUCUUCCCAUCGAACGAUUGUGUAAACAUUUGUUUCAAGACCUAUACGCCUUACAAACCUUCUAAAGCUGAAGGGUUUUAAACUAUGCUUUGAUAGUAUUUAUUUUACUAUUCCUGUACUGUAUUACAUCAACAUAUUCUAUUCUCUUUCAGCAUUUAGUGUAUCAUGAUUUAAUAAAUCCUACGUGAA